UCCAUUACUGCUCUGCUGUGUGUUUAAUCACCACUGUCUGGCAUCCAGCUGUCUCUCUCCAGACUGCACAGAGACAUGGCUCUCAGGUUCACCAUCCUCAUCUCUGCCAUUAUGUUUUUGUGCGUGUGGAGUAGGCCCCCUGCUCUCUUGCCCUCUGCCCCAGACAGAGUGUCUGCCCAGCUGGGUUCCUGUGCUCUCCUCCCCUGCUCCUUCCAGCCACACUCCACUGCAGGGCAGGUGGACAUCAGGCUGAGGUACCGCUCCUCCAUCAUGAGCCUGAGGAGCACGGCCUUCAGCAGUGAUGCAGGAGAGCCCCUGUGGAGUAGACAGAAUCAUUUUGCAGGGCGAGUGGCUCUUGUAGGGACCCUGAGCAAGGGAGACUGCUCUCUCACCAUCACUAAUGUCAGCACGAAAGACCCAGACAUGUACGAGAUACAGCUCAAAGAGCAAGGAGGAUCAUGGGGCAGAGCCAAGACCGUGCAUCUGACCAUGACCAAGGUCCCAGAGCAGCCAGAACUCUUAGCCCCAAAGGUAGUGGUUGCUGGGAAGGUAUCUGUACUGAACUGUUCAGUGAAGGUGAGCUGCCCCUCCCAGCCCCCCAGGUUACAGUGGGUGUGGGAGAGAGGAGGGCUGCAGGGCAACAGCGUGCACGGAGAGACGGAGAGAGUCCAGGUACAGAGCCAGCUACCCAUGCUCCUCUCCUCUCUAUCUUUCACUGCCUCUCACCUGGUCAAGCCCAGGGUGAGAUGUGAGGCUGUGUAUCCAGGCAACAGGAAAAGAUCCACAACCAAAGAGUUUCAUGUGAACUUCCCACCCACUGACGUCUCCAUAGAGAUCCAUACUCUCUCUGUGAGGGAAGGAGGAAGUGCCCAGCUGGCUUGUGUAUGUAAGGCUGAGCCACCAGUGACUGGGUACCACUGGUCUUACACUCAGUCAGGUGACAGAGUGACCCUGAUGAAUGGCACACCCACCAUCCGCAUCCUGAAUGUCACCCGGGAUAUGAAAGUACAGUGUUCUGUGUGGAAUACGCUGGGCAGGGCAACUUCCCGUCCCACCCCCCUAAAUGUGCAGUACACCCCAAUGAUUGUACAUAACUCCUCCUCCUGUGAGUGGGACGGGCAGCGGCUGACAUGCGAGUGUAUGGUGGACUCGAACCCUCGCCCAGCUGUCACCUGGAGUGUGAACGGCAGCGUUCCACCCAGGGACUACAACGUCUCUUCGUCAUACUCAGAGCACACCCUGCAGGAGGUGCUCCAGGGGCUGGCUCUUGCCCCUCUGCCCGUCAUCUGCUACGCCAUCAACAGCCUCGGCAAUGACUCCUACAUACUGAUGCAGGACAUGAAAGACAGUCUGCUGUGGUCUCCAAUGCCUGUAGGAUUUGGCAUGUUAUCCUUCCUCUUCUUCCUUUCCAUUCUGCUCCUGUGUGGUUGUAGGAGGGCAGGAAGAAGAAGAAGUCGGGUGGUAGCCUGCAGAUCUCCUGUAUUCCCAGACAGUGUUAAUAUCUACCAGGACCACAUACCCCUCUAUAUCAACUGCUCUGAGGUCACGCAUAUCUACACCAACGGCAGCUACCAACUCAUCUACCAAAACUGUACACCGUGUUUUGUCCACAGCAAACAGAUCCAUAAGAGACAGAGGAGAGGAGCCAGACGUCAGAGACCUCACCAGGAGAGAGACCGAGCCAUCCCUGCAGAUGAGAGAGAGAGGGACAGGCAGCAGCCUUCAGCUACAGACAUAGACACUGCUGUCUAUGUGGAAGUCAUCUGAAUAGCUGGUCAGCAGUCAGCACUCUGCCAUCAUUCAGCAUUACAAGACAUGCUGUUGCUUCAUGUUCUUCAUGUGUUUUUUUUACUUUUUAAAUUGUACUUUUUAUAUCUCCAGUUAAAUUGGUAUGACAAUUACAAAAAGAGAAAAACUUUGUUAAAGUACUUGCAUGGUAUGGCAUAAUUUGCAUGUCAGGUAAAAUAUAUUAAGUUAAAUCUUUUGUUCACAAUAAUUGACGAAACAUUCUAUUAAUAUGCAUUAGGAACACUGAUGUGGUUGCAGUUUUAAAUUUCAAAACGUCAGCCUUAUGCUAAUGUGGGGUAUCACUGGAGUAUCACUGAUAUUCAAAAGUAUGGUUUGUCAUACAAUUGAGACAUUUGAUUCAGUCUUAAUUCAGAGCUUUCAUUUUAGUUGUCUUUUUCAGUGCUGGUUUUAGCCUUGGCCUCAUUUGACCAACUCUUCCUGUCUCCUCUUUGUAACUGAACACCUUCCUCUUGGGCUUGAGUUUAAAGAAAUGUCAAAAGAAAUAAAUCUUCUCUUAACAA